UAUAUGAGAAAAGCUCGUCAAUAUCCACUGACAUGGCUUCCAAAAAUAUGUCCAAUAUUCCUAGUAUAUAUCUUGCUGAAGAAAAUCUAAAACCAGCAACAAGUUCUUGGAUUGCAGCAUGCCAAGAAGUUAGACAAGCAUUCGAGUCGUAUGGUUGUUUCGUGGCAAUAUAUGAUAAAAUUUCUAAAGAGCUAAGCAACUCAAUUUUCCAAAUAUUGCCAGAGUUGUUUGAUCUCCCCAGUAAAAUCAAAAGCCAAAAUAUUUCUGAUAUACCCUAUUUUGGUUACCUACCACCAAAUAGGUCAAGGCCUCUCUAUGAAAGCAUGGGAAUUGAGGACGCAACAAAUCUACAAGUUGUUCAAGGUUUCACUAAUCUCAUGUGGCCCUCAGGAAAUCAGCAUUUCUGUGAAACCUUCCAUUUUUAUGGAAAGAAACUAGCAGAGUUCUAUGAGAUUUUGUGCAGGAUGGUAUUUGAAAGCUAUGGUGUGAACAAGUGCUACGAUUUUUACGCUGAAUCUAACACUUUGUUCCUCCAUAGAGUGAACAAAUAUAGAGUGCCGAGAUUGGACGAGUCUACAGUUGGUGUUUCAGAUCAUACAGACCUUGACUUCAUCACUAUACUUCACCAAAAUCAUGUUGAUGGUUUAGAGGUCAAAACCAAGGAUGGAAAUUGGAUCUCUGUUCAGUUUCCCCCUUCUUCUUUUGUUAUCAUGGCUGGUGAAGGACUUAGGGUCAAUUCCUUUUCCUCUCUUUUUAAUUUCUUUUUUAUUUUUCUACUGUUUUCUGAGAAUGGGCGCAUUGGCGUAACUGGUAAAGUUGUUGCCAUGUGACCAGAAGGUCACGGGUUCAAGCCGUGAAAAUAAAUGCAGGGUAAGACUGUUUACAAUAAACCCUUGUGGUCCAACCCUUCUCAAGUCCCGCGCAUAGCGGGAGCUUAGUGCACUGUACUGUCCUUUUUUUUUUUUUUACUGUUUUCUAAACUUUAGUCUGAAAAAUUAAUUAAGCAUUAAAGGAAGAAGAAAUAAGAGUGGUUGGUAUGAGAGAAACCAUUUCAGGAUAAUAAUUUGCGGAAAAUGACUUAUUUUCUGAAACGUUUUCAGUUUUUCA